AUGAAUGUUCCUCUCUACCUUCUGACCGUCACUCACUUGCUUUUUGCCGCCGCCGGAGCUCAGCGCGUCUCUGUGGAGCGACAACUUCUGGAGGAGGAGAUCCGGCCGGGACGCAGGACGUGCAGGCUCUACUGUCGGGUCGGCAUCGGCUUCCACCUCCAGAUUCAUCCCGACGGCAGAGUAAACGGCAGCCAUGAGGCCAACCAGCUGAGUGUCCUGGAGCUCUUCGCCGUCUCUCAGGGGGUCAUCGGCAUCAAAGGGGUCUACAGCAACAGAUUCCUGUCCAUGAAUAAAAGAGGACGCCUCCACGCCACGGAGUGGUUCUCUGACGACUGUAAGUUCAGGGAGCGUUUCCAGGAGAACAGCUACAACACGUAUGCCUCGCUCCUCCACAGGAACCAGCGGACGGGGCGCGACUGGUUCGUGGCCCUCAACAAGAGAGGGAAAGCUAAGAUGGGCUCCAGCCCGCGGGUCAAAUCGCAGCACGUCUCCACCCACUUCCUGCCCAGAGUCAGCACGCACGACAACCGUCAGCGAGGCUUCACCAUCACCGACCGGGGCAAAGACAGGAGGAAAGCCCCGGCCCCGCCCAAACCUAUGACCAAGGCUAACGUCCACGCAGGGACGGCGCCGAGACGAACGCAGGUCAAAUACUGGCCCAAGUACCGGUUUGGAUAGACGUCAGAGCUGCUCAUGGACGUUGGAGACUGAAUUAACGGACGCCCUGAGUAACUGGUGACGGACGUUUGUCACCUUGAAAUCAUUCCAGGUAUCGUGAAGAGUAACCUCAAAGGGCUGCCAGGUGUCUUUGUGUUCAUGUUGAUUCUGUUUUAUUUUAUGUUUUUAAUGUGUGUGCAACGUCAAAGUCUCAAUACUUUUUGAUACCUCGUGUUUUGAUUGAAAGUAUUAAAAAGUAAGUUUUAUAAGACAUGUGAGUAGAUGAGAAAAGAGUCCAGCAGACAAACUCUCUAACUUACACAAAAACAUUGGAAACAUUUCCAAACGCUCUCUCUUGUCUUGCAUUUCGGUUGUUUGUUUACAUGACCGCUGUGUUUUUUUAAGGGUGUCUGAAAAUGCAAACUUUUAAAAACACCAGCGUCUUCAUCGUCGUGUAAACUG